CCAACUCAGACUUAUUACAACUUGUUUUUGACUGACAGUGAGGGAAGGGAGACUCUGUGUUUUAUUUGUUGUUUUUUUGGUUUUGGUUUUGUUUUUUUCUUUUAACCAUACACAUAUGCUGUAUUGAAAAGACAUCCAACGUUUUAUAAAAAAGAUUGUUUGACUUGUCAUGACGAUAAGAUCUCGUAAGGAAUCUGACCAUUGCUCUUUUACAGUCAUGAUCCCGACUCAAAGCUGCCUACGCUUACCCCUGGAAACUUCCAUGCCAGCUAUUCUCUUUUGAACACCCUCCAGCCUCUCAUCCAAGCAAACAGGCUUCAGUUCCUGCUGCCUUAUCCAGAAAUAACGUUUCCUCUGAAAGGUUGCUACAAGAUCUCCUCGGAGCAUUCUCUUCUCCAGACGGAACAACCCUGAAGUGGCACAAAACAGCUAUACUAUAUAGGACUGAGGCAGUGAGAAUGGAAACCACAAAGAUUAACAUGUCUCGUGUCCCACUGGUUAACGGAGGCAUCGACACUGCCAUGCUCAAGGCACACAAGCCCCGUGUGAUGUCCAAAAAUGGUCACAGCAACGUGCGGAUAGACAAAGUCGAUGGUAUCUACCUACUUUACCUUCAAGAUUUGUGGACUACAGUUAUUGACAUGAAGUGGAGGUACAAACUCACCUUAUUUGCUGCUACCUUUGUUAUGACCUGGUUCCUCUUUGGAGUUAUCUACUAUGCCAUUGCAUUCCUUCAUGGAGAUUUAGAAAUAAACAAGUUCACCCCAAAGCAUGAACCAUGUGUCAAGAACGUAGAUUCUCUGACUGGGGCAUUCCUCUUCUCCCUGGAGUCACAGACAACCAUUGGCUAUGGAUUUCGUUUCAUCACAGAGGAGUGUCCUCACGCCAUUUUCUUACUUGUGGCCCAACUGGUCAUCACCACCUUGAUUGAAAUCUUCAUCACAGGUACCUUUCUGGCCAAAAUUGCAAGACCUAAAAAAAGGGCAGAGACUAUUAAGUUCAGCCACUGUGCUGUCAUUACUAAACACAAUGGAGAACUUUGUUUAGUGAUCAGAGUAGCAAAUAUGAGGAAGAGCCUUCUUAUACAAUGUCAGCUAUCUGGAAAACUUCUUCAGACGUACGAAACUAAGGAAGGGGAGCGGAUCCUGCUGAAUCAAGCCACUGUCAAGUUCAAUGUUGACUCCUCUUCAGAGAGUCCUUUUCUCAUUUUGCCUUUAACCUUCUACCAUAUUUUGGACGAAAGCAGCCCUUUGAGAGAUCUCACACCUCAAAAUCUCAAAGAGAAGGACUUCGAGCUAGUGGUGCUUCUGAAUGCCACGGUGGAGUCCACCAGUGCUGUCUGCCAAAGCAGGACUUCCUACAUCCCUGAGGAGAUCCACUGGGGCUAUGAAUUUGUGCCUGUGGUUUCUCUAUCUCCAAAUGGAAAGUACGUUGCGGAUUUCAGUCAGUUUGAGAAGAUUAGGAGAAGCACAGAUUCUACUUUUUAUAGCAUGGACUCUGAAAAACAAAAAUUAGAGGAGAAAUACAGGCAGGAGGAUCAAAGAGAGAGGGAACUGAGAACGAUGUUGUUACAGCAGAGCAAUGUUUGAUUGAAUAGACAAACUAUUCUGACUGAUCUUUUUGGCAAACUGAAAAAACAUACUGUAUGUCUGCUAUGAAACCAGCAGUGAAGUCCUUUUCAGCAAGUGGCUCUGGUGUAGAGUAAACCUAUCCAUUUUUUUGACUGAGUUGUUAAUCAAAGAUUUUGUAAUUACCCAGGAUUUCUUUGUUCAUUAUAUUGACUUAGCAAAGUUGGAUUUGUAUUGCAUCUCUGCCUUAUACCACCACUAAAAGCAGACACACCACGUUCUGUUUGGAAAGUGAAACUGGAUGCACUGUGGUGAUUCCUUCAAAUAUUUAUUUUAUAUGGUUUUACUGUGAAUGUGCAUUUGCAGAGACAGCACACAAUAUUGCUAGAAGAAAAUAUGCUCCUUUAAAAUAUAUAUAUUUAAAAUGUAUAUUCUCAUACCAGGUAUUGCCUUCGCAGGGAUUCCUGGCACUGAAAGUAAAUUUAUUGCAGAGACAGGUGGUUGGAUAUGAGAAAAGCCUGCAGGGACGUAUAAACUCCUUCUUAAAUCUUGAAGGAGAAUGACAGAAUAGUCAUGCUUGGUGGUGACGAAGGGAGCACCCUGCUACUUAGAGCUUGGUUUUUGAUUACUUACUUUUUAAACAUUGUUAAUUCCUGAUUUAUAUGUAAUAGCAAAAAGGGGAGACAAGGGCAAGCUACAGGGAAUCAUAACAGUAAUCAACUAAGGUUAAAGCUGACUUUGAGACACUUGUUCUUUAUUCAAUAUAAGUAGUUUGUAAUAGCAUAAUAACAAUACAUUUCUACAGAUUGCUUGCUUUGCUAUGGACCAUAUAUAAUUCUGGAUAAAAAAAAAAAGCUGUAUAAUGUCUGUAGACAAUAUUUACUUUUUCUCACAGCCAUAAAGGACAAGCAUGCAUUUCAUCUAUUUAAUUUUUGAUCUAUUAAAACUAUUCCAUUAAUAAAGGAAUUUAAUUUAGGCAGCUCCUGAUCUCUUUGUGGCACCAGGAGAAGGUGUGAUACUUCAGAGAUGCUAAAGAGCAGAGUGCUUAGCAUAGGCAGUUGCAUCCAGCAAAUAACCCAUGGAGUUAGUAGAUCACUAAAGUGGUCAGCUUAUGGGUAGCUAACCAGGUAGCAGUGGUGUCCACGUAGCAUGCCUAUUAUACAUAGACCAGCUAUUUUUAUGGGACUUAGAAAUUAUUUCUGACUCAUAUCACUUUGGCAGCCUUCUGAGUUCUAGAGAUUUUGUUCCUCUAAAGCUCUGGCAAGGAGAAGUUGUAUUAAGUACAAGUUCUGGGUCUGUGGGCCAGGUCUUGGCCACAGAGCCAACACGGCCCGUAAUGAUGAAAGGAUUUUUGGCAUCAUUACACUUAGUGUUACUGUGCUUAGCUUCCCGGCACUGUGUGGCCUAGUGGAAUGCAGUCCUGCAAUCUGCCAUACAAUAUUCUAUACAGUGAAUGAAUCUAACUUCAUGCCUAAAGACCAACACAGCAGGUUGAGCAUGGAGAUGUCUGUGAUGCCACAAGUGAAUGUCAACAAGAAGGGAGUUGCACUGCAGGAGGUGUGGGUGGUAAGAGGGGUCAUGAGAGGCUUGAAACUACUUUUUUAUGUAAAUGGUUAGCUCUCCUGUGUGAAAAGUCAGAGAUCUAAGUACCUGUCUGAAAAGAGAGACUUAACUUAAGCCAAGGAUAUUUCCUACCCACUACAAUGCUAGCAAGGUUUCUAAACCAUUGUAAUUGCAGAGUCUGCCUAGCAUUUUUGGUAAGAAUUCCCACAUGGUACUACGUUCUUUUGUCACACAGGUUUUCAUUUGCAACCACAUACAGAGGUUGUUAAUGUUUAAAUUAUUGAUAGUUAGCUUGCAGUUUUCCUUCACUUUGUUUGAUUGCUUAUUUCAUUGCAAGGAAGUGAGUAUGCUUCAUGAAUUUUUGCAGUCGCUUUGUAGACCUGAGAUUCAUGUCCUACAACUCAAAGAACACUGCUUUGGGAUGCUGAGGGGAAACUGCACACGUGUUUCAACUCUUCUUCUGCAAAGUCUUAACCUCCAUGUUUGGAUAAUCAAAAUACACUCAAAUUCUUUCUUCUGUGGGUAAUGGCUCAAAUCAUUGCUAAAGUCAUUGCCUUAGCUAUGUAUUGACUCUAAACCAGCUUCACCAACAGCAAGUGCGCUGGUCCUUCUCCAGAAAUACCUGAUGAUGAACUUGAUCCUCUUCUUCCCAUCCCCUCCCCAUCCCCAGAAAUAGAGACAGGUCAAUUUGUGUCUUUCAGAUGAGUGUUCCAUCUAUUUCAAUAAACUUGGUUGUUAUUGCAUUUUCUUGCUUGUAUAUAAAGAAAUCCCAGUGCAUUGAGCCCUAUAGGGUACACACAUGCUAAGCCCCAGUCCCAGUGGACCUACAUGUUUCUUGAGUGUCAGAUCUAGGAAGUCCUGUGGGUACCCAGCUGCAACAAUGUACUUGUGUAGAGACUUCUGUGGCAGCCAUUUAGGAGCCUAGACCAGGCUGCUCCAGGCUUUGACAGCUGCUGAGCAGUAAUUUUUUAGGAUCUUCAUUUUGGGAGCUAAGGAAGCAGGUUGAGACUUAAGUUCCUGUGUACACCAGCCGCGAGGUCCCACUGCUACGUUCACUAGGUCAUUCCAGUCAUUAGGUUAUCCUGAAGAAAAAACAUCAUAAGCAAAAGCCUUGGAAAUAAAAGCAUCACAGAAAUUAUAUUCUCUGAACUUUCAGUCCUAUGAUUCUUUAUAAAAAAAAAAGAAAGGAAAUGAAAAGAAAGACACUAGAAAUCUUUGACAAAAUCAAAGUAAAUAUUUGUCAGGUAGUGGAGAUUGUACAGUAGUAUUAUAUACAUACACUAGAAUAAUACAUAAUGCACUGCAAUUCAUACAUUCAUUCCAGCUUCAGAAUACAGUCUUACUCUGCAAUAAGCUAUACUUUUCCUUCCUGCUUUCAUACAAGCAAAACUUCCAUUGCUCUAUCUACAAACUAAGAAGGCCUUGGCAUGCUUAGCUGUAGGGUAAUGAACUACAGUGGAAAAACGUCAUGACGUGGAUCAUAUGAAACACUAGCAAACCUCUCGCUGCUUGUGGUAAUUUCUGGUUGUGUAAACACUACUAUCAUGAUUUUCCUCAGCUGAUGACAGGAUGGAGAACCAGAGAGCAAAACCUCCAUGGCCCUCCCAAAGCUGCCUUGGCCAUGAAUAAAGACUGUCCAUCCCACAUGAUCUUUGAGGGUGUGAGAGCCAUCAUGUCUGCUUUUCCCAAGAGUGCUGGGACAGAGCAUCAGCAGCUUCAGCAGGUCAGAUCCCUACAUAGCCAGCAGCAGUACCUUCUCUCCUUGCCCCACAAGCGGAAGACAGCUUUGGGAACCACUGAUUUGGAUGAUUAUGCUGGUUUCUAAAAUGCACUAAUUUAUGAAUGAAUUUAAAUUAAAUCUAAAUCUAAACUUUCAUAGACUAAAGAAAGUGGUGGAGCCCCACGUCCCUGUUGCACUAAAUUCAUGAAUAUGUCUGUCAAGGAUAACAAAUCCUCCAUUCCAACCACUACAUCAUUCAGAAGAAAAUAGUCAUGGUAAAUUAAAAUUUAGUGAGGAAUAUGACAUAUUUAUCGGCUUUGUUUUAUUUUUUGUGAGUCAUCAGUGAGCAGAACAUUUUUCAAAUUGUUUUAAUUAUUUGGACUUAAAUAGCACACAGCUGAAAAGGAACUU